CUCAGCCCGCGCCCUCCCCGCUCCCGGGCCGGGGGACGCGAUGGCUUGCCGCUCCUGUGUCGUUGGCUUCAGCAGCCUCAGCAGCUGUGAGGUGACCCCAGCGGGCGGCCCCCGGCCUGGGACCUCGGGAUGGGACAGCUGGGGGAGCCCCGGGCCAGGCUUCAGUUCCCGCAGCCUCACGGGCUGCCGGCCCACUGCCACCAUCCCCAAAGUGACUUUGAACCCCAGCCUGCUGGUGCCCCUGGAUCUGAAGGUAGACCCCGCCAUCCAGCAGCAGAAGAACCAGGAGAAGGAGGAGAUGAAGAUCCUCAAUGAUAAGUUCGCCUCUCUGAUCGGCAAGGUGCAAGCCCUGGAGCAGCGCAACCAACUGCUGGAGACACGCUGGAGCUUCCUGCAGGGCCAGAACUCUGUCCCCUUUGACCUGGGACACCUCUACGAGGACUACCAGGGCCGGCUGCAGGAGGAGCUGCGCAAAGUGAGCCAGGAGCGCGGACAGCUGGAAGCCAACCUGCUGCAGGUGCUGGGGAAGGUGGAGGAGUUCCGAAUCAGAUACGAGGAAGAGAUCUCCAAGCGCUCAGACAUGGAGUUCACCUUUGUCCAGCUGAAGAAGGACCUAGAUGCAGAGUGUCUUCGGCGGACUGAACUGGAAACCAAGUUAAAAGGCCUGCAGAGCUUCGUGGAGCUGAUGAAAACUGUCUAUGAGCAGGAGCUGAAGGACCUGGCAGCCCAAGUGAAGGAUGUUUCAGUGACUGUGGGCUUGGACAGUCGCUGCCACAUUGACCUGAGUGGCAUCGUGGAGGAGGUGAAGGCUCAGUAUGACGCCAUCGCAGCGCGCAGCCUGCAGGAGGCCGAAGCAUACUCCCGGAGCCAGCUGGAGGAGCGAGCUGCCCGCUCAGCCGAAUUCGGGAGCAGCCUGCAGAGUAGCCGCAGUGAGAUUGCAGACCUCAACGUGUGCAUCCAGAAGCUCCGGUCCCAGAUCGUCUCCAUCCAGAGCCACUGCCUGAAGCUGGAAGAGAACAUCAAGGCGGCCGAGGAGCAGGGUGAGCUGGCCUUCGAGGAUGCCAAGGCCAAGCUGGCCCAACUAGAGGCUGCCCUGCAGCAGGCCAAGCAGGACAUGGCCCGCCAGCUGCGCGAAUACCAGGAGCUCAUGAACACCAAGCUGGCCCUGGACAUCGAGAUCGCCACCUACCGGAAGCUGGUGGAGGGCGAGGAGAGCCGGAUGGAGCUGCCCUCAACUGCUGUGGUCAGCACUGUGCAGUCCCGAUGCAGAGCCAUUGCCUCCAAGUCAAGCCUCUCCAAGGCCGCCCCGCGAAAGAAGAAAACCAAAGGCCAUGUGAUUAAAAUCACGGAAACAUCAGAGAAGUUUCUCUCCCAGGAGUCAGAAGCCUCCGAGUAA